AUGAAAAUUUUGUUAUUAUAUACUAUAGCAUACAUAAUCUGGAUAUACAGUGUAUUUGCAUAUGAAGAUAAUUAUGAGAAGGUAACUCAAACUAAUGUUAUAAGAAAUUUUUACUUAACGAAGAGAGUUGUACGUGUGUUUCUAGAAAUAAGCCUUAGAAGUAACAAUUCCUCAAACAUUAGAGAUUUCGAAUAUGGAAUUUUUUUCCCUACUCUAGUAUAUUCUAAAGUUGGUUAUAUAUCUAGUGGCAUAUCUCCACUGAAUCUAAACAUAUAUACCAUAAAUUGUGAAGAAUUUAACAAAACUAAUAAUAAACAUUUCUCUAAUUUGUCUGAAGAUAUUUAUGUCUGUAAAAUUAAUAUUCCUGAAUUAACAAAGAAUUUAACAACUAUAUAUAUAGAAUAUUACAUUGGUGAUCCAUACAAAACACUUCCUGAUUCUAUAUAUAUAAAUGAAAAUCAAUUAGUUGAAUUCAAAGAUUUUCAAUAUUUUCUAACUCCUUACAAAGUUGAAAAUGAAAAGACAAUUAUUCAUUUUUUAUUAGGUACACAAAUUGAAAGAUUUUUGCCCACUUCAAUGAAAAGACAGGAUACCAAAUUAACAUACAUCCCUAAAAAUAAUACAGAUAUUCAAACCCCAGAGAGUAUGUUAUAUGUACAUUUUAAUUUAAAUAAUCAUCUUGUCAUCUAUAAAUCUGUGAAUAGAACUAUUGAAGUUUCACAUUGGGGUAAUGUUUAUAUUAAGGAAGAGUAUGCUGGUAAAAAUCAAGCAGCAACCCACAAAGGUGAAUUUAAUAGAAAAGAAAUAAUGCUUUUAGCAGGACAAGGAUUUGCUAGAAUGAGAAAUCCAGGUUCUGUAUUGCCUCAAAAUACACAUAUUUGUUUUCAAAUGGAUCAUAUAUUACCAUAUCGUGCUAUUGGAUUGGAAUAUUAUGAUAAAAUUGGCAAUAUUUCCUAUUCUCAUGCAUCUAAAGUAAAUUCUCGUUAUACACUCAUACAAGCUGAACCUAGAUCUCCAGUAAUGGGUGGAUGGAAUUUUGAUUAUGUUAUUGAAUACAAUUUACCUUUGGAAAAUGUUGUUUUUUAUGAUUAUGAGAAAAAAACAUAUAUGUUAAAUAUAACAUUAACCCCAUCUGCAAAAGGUAUAUAUGCAGAAAAUGUUACUACACAUAUUCGCCUACCUCCUGGGUCAUCGGAAAUUCAAUUUUUACUCCCAAAAAAUCGAAAUAUUCCUUCACUUAAGAAACAAGAAGAUUUAAGUUAUUAUUAUGGCUGGUUAGACAUCUUCAAACCUAGACCAGUUAUAAUAUACAGUGCACAUUCUAUGUAUAUUCCUGAACAACAUAUUUUAAAUUUCAAAGGUCAAGUUUAUUAUCAAAUAAAAUCUGAGUUCCUUUUAAAAUACAAAUUAUUUGUUAUUCCAGGGAUAAUAUUUAUUUCACUCUUAUUAUUUGUUCUAAUUAGACGGUUAGGAAAUUCAAAUAGAAAAGAUAAAUAUGUUUAG